AUGUCUAACGAUCGUCCAUCGGAACCACCGAUCCCUCUGAUCGAUUUCUCGUCAUUCGGUGGCCCAGACGCGCCGGUGGAGCAGCAGAUCUCAGUGGCUGAUCAGCUGUUGGAGGGAUUCAAGAAGAAUGGUUUUGUGUAUCUCCAAAAUAUUUCUGUGCCACCCGAGAUGGUUGCUGAAGCGUUCCGGUGGAGCAAAAGAUUCUUCGAUUUGCCUUCAGAGAUUAAGAAGCAAGCUCUUCACCCGGCUGACGGCGCAUGCCACCGUGGUUAUUCACCGAUCGGAUUAGAAAAGGUCAAGCCGGUCGGGCAGUCGAACGGGACUAGUAGAACUGAAAAACCAGCGGCUCCAGAUCACAAAGAGACUUUUGACAUUGGUAAACCAGGAAGAUCGACAGACAACAUUUGGCUACCUGAAGGGACCGAGAAGCAACACGGUCUAUCUGGCUUUCGUGACUUUUUCGAAACGUUUUAUGAAGCCUGUGAACGACUUGAGAUGGACAUCUUGCGCGCGAUUUCGAUCGGGUUGAUGGGCGUCGAGCAGGCAGAUUACUUAUCGAAAUUCCACCAAGAAUCGAAUAACCAGAUCAGAUUAGCCCAUUACCCACCAAUUCAAGCCGACCAAUUGAUCGAAGGAGUCAGGGAAAGAUUUGGCGCGCACACGGAUUUCGGAUCGAUUACGAUCCUAUUCCAAGACCAAGUGGGCGGCCUCCAAGUCGAGAAUCCUAGCGUACCGGGCCACUUUUUGCAAGUCCAACCGAUCGAGCAAACCGUGGUGGUGAAUAUCGCCGAUCUAUUGAUGCGAUGGUCAAACGAUACCCUCCGCUCAACCUUGCAUCGCGUCGGCCCUCCCCACAUCACCGGCCUCAUUCCCCCCCGCUACUCGAUUCCUUACUUCUGCGGUCCCGAUCCUAAUGCUCUCAUCCAAUGCUUGCCCGGCUCUGCCUCCGAACCAAAGUACGAACCAAUUCACGCCGACGAAUACAUCAAAAUGCGCAUGAAAUCUUCCUACUAA